GCGCUUGCGUGGACAGCACAUGACACAAUGGCGGGGAUGAAGCUCAAGUUCAAUGAUUAAUGUUAACGAUUUUAUAAAGCAGCUCUUUAAGAAACAGACGCGAGUCGAAGUUCACCGAGGUUUCACACUUGGAGCUUGAAUUUCCGGAUCCUUCUCGCUUGCGAGGCUCGUGGUCUGCAAGUCACUAUGGCAUUGAUAAGGAUGUUGAGCAGACUGAGAGGAUAUGUGCACUUGGAGCAAGGUUUGAGAGCCAGUUCUCAGAGCAAGAGAUUACAGCACACUGCCACCCAUUCAUCUUCAUGCAACUAUCAGCUUCUGCCUGACUGCCUGGAGCUCCACUAUGGUGGUCUUGUAAUGCACUUUGACUACGUGUGGCUGCGAGAUCACUGUCGCUCGGCUUCAUGCUACAACUCAAAAACACACCAGCGAAACCUGGACACUGCCAGCAUUGAUCUGAACAUCAGGCCUUUCAAGAGCAGAGUGGACGAGAACAGCCUGUUCCUCACGUGGCCAGAUGGACACAUCACACGGUACACUCUCACAUGGCUGGCCCAGAACAGCUACGAGGGCCAGAAGAGGAGCGCGGUGCAACCUCGUGUCCUGUGGAGCGCUGAUAUCUACUCCAGCGCUCAGGUGCCCUCUGCCAGCUGGGACAAGUUCAUGAGCUGCGACGAGGAGCUGAAGAACUUCCUCAACAACUUCCUGCUUUACGGAAUUGCCUUCGUGGAAGGCGUCCCACCAACCCUAGAAGCUACUGAAACGGUGACCCAAAGAGUGAGCCUCAUCAGGGAGACCAUGUACGGGCGGAUGUGGAACUUCACUUCAGAUUUCUCUCGUGGAGAUACAGCCUACACAAAGCUGGCACUGGACCGCCACACCGACACCUCAUACUUCCAAGAACCCUGCGGCAUCCAGGUGUUUCACUGUCUGAGACAUGAAGGAACGGGCGGCCGAACUCUGCUGGUGGACGGUUUCCACGCGGCUGACGCAGUCCUCCAGCGAACGCCCGAGUACUUCGAGCUGCUUUCACACGUGCCCAUCAAACACGAGUACGUGGAGAACCUGAGUGAGCAUCGCAACCACAUGAUCGGCAUCGGCCCCGUGCUCAACGUCUAUCCGUGGAACAACGAGCUGUACAUGAUUCGGUAUAAUAACUAUGACCGUUCUGUUAUUAACACAGUCCCUCAUGAUGUGGUGCACCGCUGGUAUACGGCUCACAGACAGCUCUCCGCUGAACUCAGGAGACCAGACAAUGAGCUGUGGGUCAAACUCAAACCUGGGAAGGUUCUGUUCAUUGAUAACUGGCGUGUUCUGCACGGCAGAGAGUCGUUCACCGGCCUGCGACAGCUGUGCGGAUGUUAUCUGACGCGUGACGAUGUGCUGAACACAGCACGCUCUCUGGGUCUCCAGGCCUGAAUACCUAAUGCUAAACUACCCAAAUGACAGCGGUACACCAGCAUUCACCAAAAACAAGCCGAUUCCUCAAGCAUAGCGCGGACGCUUGCUAUACAGCAGGAUCCCAACAGUAUUACUUAUCAACUCAGCUCUUUUUUGAAUGAUUUUAUGAUUUGAAUAAAAUUUGUUUAUUGCAGAGGAGGCAUCUUUUGAUCCAUAACGAUUUCUUUCCACAGAAAAACAGAUGGUAGCAAUAAAGAGUUUAAUUUAAGUGAUACAUUUUUAUUUGUAUUUUUUAAAAAUGGUCAGGAACCAUUUAUUCACACAAAUCAGAAGAUCCUUUGUUUCGCAGAAUGAUGUUUGAAUCCUGGAAAUGUGUUCUCACAAAAAUGAUAAUGUCCUGAUUAUUUACUCACCAUCCAAGGUGUACUGUAUCUGUCUUUCUUUUUUCAGCUGAAGAGAAAUUCAAGUUUUAGAGUAAAACAUUAUAGGAUUUUUCACCAUCUAAUGCAAGUGAACGGUGCUCACUUUUGAUCUUUUUUAAUCUAUUUUUGAUCUAAUUUUGAUCUAUAUCAAAGUAUUCCACCUGAUCCGAGCUGACAAACAGGUUUUCUACAGUGAAAUGAUCAGUCAAUUUCAGAAAAGAAAAAAAACUCCAGAUGCUGGCUUUGGUCCAGCUCAGAUUAAUUCACACAGUCUUGUGUGACAGACUGUAGGCAGAAAGAAGGAGCAGUGUCCUAAAGUUGAAAGAGAUUUAAUGUCAUGAAUUAAACUGAUACUGUGAACCGAUCCUUUAAACGGUUGUAAAUGGAGGGUAUUUCUGUGGGUUUGUGCCUUAACAGUGAUGUGGGAGUGCAUGGUUGAGAUAAUAUUAAAGAUCUCACAAAGCUUAAAUAUACUGUAUUGCAUUAAUCUGAGCUUUUUUUGGAAUCUGCGGCAUUUUAACAUUCUGUAUCCAAUAUAAAAUGAUCUCAUAUGUAUGUACGCACAAAAUACCAAUGGUACCUCUGGAAAAUAAAUACAUUAUUAAUUUCCUUGCA